AUGUCUUCUGAAACGUCUAGAGGAUUCUCAGGUGGCGCCAGAGAUCCAGAUGAGGCUCAUAGAACUGGCACUGCUGGAGUUGGAGCUACUCAUCACCCUGUGCGAGCCGGUGCUGGCGCCGCAGAGGGAGCAGGUCAUGAAACAGGUCAUGGAUUAAAGUCUGCUGCUGCAAAUGUCCAUGGAUUGGGCGAAAGAAUCCGUGGGUCCACCGGUGCAUUUGUUGACCGGAAAAUGAACAACCCAGAGGGCGUUGCAAAGAAUGAACAUAUUGUUAGAGAAGGACAAAGGGAAAUGCAUACAGGAGAAUAUGGUAACACUAUGAGGGGCAAGGAAGGGCAAAGCGAGUUGCACCAAGGAGGAAUGCACGGGGGAGACAUGCAUCAUGGAGGAGAUAUGCAUGGAGAAGACCUGCAUAGGGGAGAUAUUGGUCAUACCACGAGGAACAAGGAAGACCUUCCGCAUAGUGAACGGGAUGUGAAUAUGGAGAGAGGCGCCGGCGUUGCUCGGCCUCCUCCUGACUACUAG